AUGAAAGGAGACGCUGCCAGAGCAGGCCUUCCCAAUGGCACCGGCCAGACCAAGGACCUGCUGCCCCCAUCGGAGGAGAAGAUGGAGGAGCGGGGCCAGUGGAGCAACAAGAUAGAGUUUAUCCUUUCGGUCGCCGGCUCUAUCAUCGGCCUGGGCAACAUGUGGCGCUUCCCUUACCUCUGCUACAAGAACGGUGGAGGUGCAUUCCUCAUCCCCUACCUGAUCUUUCUCUUCACCUGUGGUGUUCCCGUCUUCUUCCUGGAGACGGCCUUGGGCCAAUACACCAGCGAGGGAGGCAUUACCUGCUGGAGAAAAAUCAGUCCUCUGUUUGAAGGUCUUGGCUAUGGCACCCAGGUGAUCGUGACUCUGUUGAACUUCUACUACAUCAUUGUUCUGGCAUGGGGCAUUUUCUACCUGUCUUUCUCCUUCUCCUGGGACCUGGCCUGGUCGUCCUGCAACAACACAUGGAACACAGAAAACUGUGUGGAGUUUCAGAGGAGAAAUACCUCAAUCAACCAGACGAUCAACCUCAACUCCACCUCUCCUGUCAUCGAGUUCUGGGAGAGAAGAGCGCUGAGGAUUUCCCCCGGCAUUGACCACAUGGGCUCCCUGAACUGGGACCUGGCCCUGUGCCUGUUCAUCGCCUGGGUCAUGUGCUACUUCUGCAUCUGGAAGGGGGUGAAAUCCACGGGAAAGGUGGUCUACUUCACGGCGACCUUCCCCUACGUCAUGCUGAUUGUGCUGUUGAUCAGAGGGCUCACCCUGCCUGGAGCUGGCAUCGGCAUCCAGUUCUACCUUUAUCCAGACCUGGGACGACUGGCGGACCCACAGGUGUGGAUGGAUGCUGGCACCCAGAUCUUCUUCUCCUAUGCCAUCUGUUUAGGGUCGCUGACUGCACUGGGCAGCUACAAUAAAUACAACAAUAACUGCUACAGAGAUUGCCUGUCGCUGUGCUUCCUGAACAGCGGCACCAGCUUUGUGGCAGGCUUUGCAAUCUUCUCCAUCCUGGGUUUCAUGUCUUAUGAGCAGAAUGUUCCCAUCUCAGAAGUGGCAGAAUCUGGUCCUGGCCUGGCCUUCAUAGCUUAUCCCCGCGCUGUGUCCAUGAUGCCUUUCUCUCCUCUGUGGGCCGCCCUCUUCUUCAUCAUGAUUGUUUUCCUAGGCCUUGACAGCCAGUUUGUGUGUGUCGAGAGCCUUGUGACGGCGGUAGUUGACAUGUAUCCUGCUGUGUUCCGGCGUAAGAACCGCAGGGAGCUCUUCCUGUUAGCUGUUAGCCUCUUCUCCUUCUUCAUGGGCCUCAUCAUGCUGAUGGAGGGGGGCAUGUACGUCUUCCAGCUGUUUGAUUACUAUGCAGCCAGUGGCAUGUGUCUUCUCUUCAUGGCCAUCUUUGAGACUGUCUGCAUUGCCUGGGUCUAUGGUGCAAAUCGCUUUUACGAUAACAUUGAGGACAUGAUUGGCUACCGCCCAGGACCUUACAUCAAGUACUGCUGGUUAUUCUUCACCCCAGCCACGUGCAUUGGUACCUUUGCCUUCUCCCUCAUCAAAUACACUCCCCUGAAGUACAACAAUGAGUAUGUGUACCCAUGGUGGGGCUAUGUCAUUGGCUGGCUGCUCGCUCUCUCCUCCAUGGUCUGCAUCCCGCUUUGGAUGGUGUACAAGAUCAGCACCACCCAGGGGACACUAAGAGAGCGCGUCCAGCUGCUCAUCACACCGUCUGACAGCUUACCCAAGACCAAGAGGGAGCAGGAGAGGUUACUGGCCAUCUUUGCUCCCGGGGGAGACGCCACCUUGACUACAAAUGGCUACUAUCCUGUCUCAGAGAAAGACUCCAACUUAUGA